AUGGAAGCAAGCUGUAUCAGAGUGCAGGAGGAGAAGGUCUUGAGGCUUAGAGGCUCCAACUCUUGUACAGUUUGCAAGAAGGCGAAGGCAAAGUGCGACGAAGCUCGUCCUUGCUCUCGCUGCAAGCGCCUGAAGCGAGAUUCUGCAUGUACGUAUGACGAGCUGCGGCUGAUGCGGGUGAACACGUUGGACAACGAGGAGGGCCUUGAGGUGGAGGAGUGCGACGACGAGUCAGAGUCAACAUCUCCGAGCAUGAAUGUGCUGCACUCACGGCAGGGUGAACGAGGUGGAGGAGCAGAAGAAGAGGCUAUGCAAGUAUGGAUGAAACCACAUGCGGGAGCUGUAGACCCACAUGGUUGGCAGAAUGUGGAGAUAGAAAAGCCGCUUGACUUCUGGAUCCGAAGCCUGUCCUUCGACAAGCCGUCGCUGCUGCGGGACCACAUGAACUCCAUGGGCUGGCCAGAUCGAGUGCUGGCGAGGCACUGGGAGUUCGGCUUCAGCUCGCAGGAGCUGAUGAACAUCUUCGUCUCGCUUCCUGGGCAUCUGCAGCAGGUGACCCGACGGGCACUGCACGCGAUCGAGAUCCUCGUGGCGGACCUGGUAGAGAAGCAAGGUCGAGGGCUGCAGCGGCAGCUGCUGAUGGAGAGCGAGACAGUGUCGGAGCAAGAUCUGGAGCUUGAGCGAGCGUUCUACAGGGAUCAGAGCUUCGGGACGGUCAAGCAGCAUCUGCAUCCGUCUACGGGGAAGCGAGCGCACGUGUACAUAUCGGAUACUCUGUGCAAGAUCGUCGGACUGCACGCGGAGGAGGUACUGGCGAGGAUCGCGAACAGGGAGCUGUCACUGGUCACGACGGAGUUUGAGUACUUCUGCUACGUGAUGUUCGGGACGUGGUUGUACGCGACGAGCCCAGGACAGCCCCUGGUUCUCCCCAUUCGUGUGCGAAACCUGGGAGACAAACAUGGUGAUACGAGCUGCUUGUUGGCGAAGUUUGUGCAGCAACAGGAGUUCGACUGUCAUGGGCGGGUGAAGGCGAUGAAGUCAUACGUGCUUCCAGUGGACAAGGACAGCUUCAUUGCCUCCAAAGAGCCCGCGGGCAGUCCCUCGGCCUUGUUCGAGAAGCACAUGUGCGGGGGAAGAGACUACGAUACAUUGCUGAACGACUUCGAGGCGGACAUGUUUGCGGGGGCGACGAUCUUGGGGAUGCAGAAGUCGAAGCAAGGGAUGCAGCGACUGGAGGCGCUGGGAAGGGAUUUGGAGCGGAUGUUCCAGCCAUUGGUGGAGCAUGCGGAGAAGAUCCUAGAAGAGAAGGCGCGAGCGAGGUCGUGA